AUGAGCCACGAUGCAGUAAAGCCUACGAAAAGCCUGUUUCCAAGCAAGAGCCAUGUACUACGCCGAAAAGAUGCAACGACGGUUGUGAAACAAACCAAGUCUAUACAAGGCCCAGAUAAAACGGUGGUGGUGAACCAAACAUCGACAUCGUAUGCGACCCCGUCCAAUCUGCCGAGUACUCAUCCAUCUGUGAACGAAAGCAAUGACUCAGGCACCCCUGCUGGCCCUGUGGCGGGAGGCGUAGUGGGAGGUGUAGUAGGUUUGGCUCUUCUCCUCGCUGCCGCUUGGUUCCUUUACCAGCAUAUCAAGAAGAAACGUAACACGCGUGCUUUGGAUGACAUGUACGCAGAAACAGGUAUGGGUGGUGGUGGUGUCGAUCGCAAUGCACGUAUGCGUGGAAACCAAGAUACGAUGCCGGUAUCCCACUCCUGGGAGACUGGUGCGCCCAUUCAUACCGAGGAAGAUCUCUACUACGCCCCUUCGGCCAUGCCACAAGAUGUUUCUCAAACCGCGUUUGCAUCUCCUGUACACGUGAAUCAGCUUAAUACAGACGCAGGGAAGCCCACUGUUGUUUCCUUUCCACCGUCUGCGUCUAUGUACGAGGCAGUGCAAACGCACUCUGCGAGUGCCAUGCCGGAAGACAUGUAUAUCAAUGCUGAUGAGCCGUCGUCCGUCAUGCCAGCUUAUGUCCAGGAAGCUGAGCAAGCUGUCGAAGAAAACCCACAACGAAGCGCCCUUGUCUCAGAAACAACAAACCAACCUAUGACGUCAAGGCUAGCCCCUGGAUCACUCUCUGUGAAUACAAGCCAUCUCGAGGGUCAAACUAAUCUUACUGAGGACGACAAAUCGCCGCUCUCUAUGUAUAUGUGGCUUCCGUCGCACAAAGUUGCAGGUAUCACUUCUCCUAAUCAAUCCAUUCGUACAUCCCCCGCAGGUACCUCUGCUCCAGACGAUUUUGUACCUGCAUCUGAACACCCCUCAUAA